AUGACUUGUUAUACCGCCAAAUUAGCAGAGAGACAACUCCAAGAGGAGAAGAGAGCAGCAGCGAUAGCAGCUAAUUCUUCAUCGAAUAACCCUGAGCUUGAAUAUCCAACCGAAGAAGAUUUCAAGACCCUCCGCCGUGUUGCUGGCAAUGUCCGCUGGACUGCGUAUACCAUUGCCUUUGUCGAGCUGUGCGAGAGAUUCUCGUACUACGGAACAGCUGCUGUUUUCACCAACUUCAUUCAGCAGCCUUUACCUCCUGACUCGACUACCGGCGCUGGGUUUAGUGGACAGCCCGGGGCCCUUGGACAUGGUCAGAGGGCAGCAACUGCUUUAAUCACUUUCAAUACUUUCUGGUGCUACUUAACCCCAAUCGUCGGAGCAUGGAUUGCCGACGAAUUCUGGGGUCGUCUGAAGACAAUCCAGGUCUCGUUUAUCUUUGCUAUGCUUGGACACAUUAUCCUCAUUAUAUCCGCUCUUCCACCUGUCAUUCAACACCCCAAUUUCGCUAUUGUCUGCUUUUCCGCCGGUCUCGUUGUCUUCGGUAUCGGCGUCGGUGGCUUCAAGUCCAAUAUUGCCCCGUUGAUCGCUGAGCAGCAUCAGCGCGCCAAACCCUACAUCAGAACCGAUCCUAAAACCGGAGAAAGGUGCAUAGUGGACCCGGUGCAGACGAUCUCCCGUAUUUUCAUGUACUUCUACCUCAUGAUCAACAUUGGUGGCUUGGCCGGGUCAAUUUCCAUGGUCUAUGCGGAGAAGUACAUUGGAUUUUGGCUGUCAUUUACCAUUCCAACCGUGCUGUUUUCGUUGUGCCCUUUGGUCCUCUUCGUGUGUCGACACAAGUACGAUGUCACACCUCCUACUGGAUCCGUUGUUGCAAAAGCUUUUAGGCUAUGGGCUUAUGCAUUGAAACCUCAUUGGUCUUGGAACCCCGUUCGACUUAUCAAGAACUGCAGAUCGCCUAACUUUUGGGAAAAUGCAAAGCCCAGCAAGAUACGUGUUUGUCAUCGUCCGUACUGGAUGACUUUUGACGACCAAUGGGUCGAUGAAGUGCGCAGGGCUAUCAAAGCAUGCGGCGUUUUCGCUUGGUAUCCCGUCUACUGGCUCGCGUUCGGACAAAUGACCAGCAACCUGACUUCCCAAGCCGCAACAAUGGAACUUCACGGCGCUCCCAACGACAUAAUCAACAACCUGGACCCUCUUUUCCUAAUAAUCACUAUCCCACUCAUGGACCAAUUCAUCUACCCUCUCAUCAGCAAACUUGGGUUCAACUUCACCCCCAUAAAACGCAUCUACGUGGGGUACAUCAUCGCCUCCCUCUCCAUGAUCACCGCAACCGUCACCCAACACUACAUCUACGUCCUCAGCCCAUGUCAUAACCAUGCAAGUACCUGCGACAAACCCGCCCCCAUCAGCGUCUGGCUCCAAACAAUCACCUACGUCCUCAUCGCGGUCAGCGAAAUCUUUACAACCAUCACCGGCUACGAGUACGCGUAUACCAAGGCGCCCAAGAACAUGAAGAGCAUCGUGCAGUCGCUAUACCUCAUGUCAAACACCGUCGCUGCAGCUUUGCAGCAGGGUCUCACUGCAUUAAGCCAGGAUCCCCUCCUGAAGUGGAACUAUGGGUUUGUUGCCGUGUUGGCGUUCUUUGGUGGAACAUUUUUCUAUUUCACUCAUCGUGACUUGGAUGAUGAGGAGGAUUAUCUGAACUCCCUGGAGCCAUCGACUUAUCUGGGCAGGGAGGAAAAGAAGAAGGGUAGGAAGAGUAAGAGGGAUUUGGAGCAAGGCGUGCAAGAGCGUCCUGUUGAACGUUCAUCCUGGUCGAGUUUCUGA